GCUAGUGCAGCGGGAGGCCAGAAAGAGAAGUGGGAGCGAAGAGAUAUUAGCAAUCUUCGUCAAAGGAAGGAAAGAGCGGAGCAGGAAAGGAGGAAGAGAAAGGGCUGAAACAGAGGAAUGACCGUUCCACAGAGUUCAGUUUCACACAGAGCCAGUGGACAUGAAAACUACAUGAAUGAGACGUACACAUAUAAUAGACUGAAAUAAUCAUCUCAGCCAGAGUGAAGGAUUCAUUGAGGAAAGCAAAUAUUAUACAACAAGUAAAGGAAAUUUCUCUGCAGAAGGAAAGGUGGUGUUUGAGGGAGCGGACGACCAACUUUAUUACUCUAAUCCAAAAACUAGACUUUCAUACCUGAAAGCAUGAUGAACGGCAAGAUGAGUAUUUCCCGUAAUGGUACCUUGGAGAAACCCGCGUCCCUGCAGACCGCCACGGACCGAGGGGAGCCCGAAACCCCUCACCCGCGCCUCCAUCACACCGGCUCCAUCUCCUCCAGUACUCCGGCAAACGUGUCCAGCUCAUGUGUGGUGGUUCCUCCUCCGUACUCGAUAGCAGGCAGUGCGCUGAACGAGUCUCCCCUGGAGCUGAGGGGCUCUCUGGACUGUUGGGCCUGUUCUGUUCUGGUAACAGCACAGAAUCUGCUCAUCGCCGCGCUCAAUGUGGGUCUGGCUGCGUUUAUCUUCGGCCUCAUCCUCUUGCCUUCGCUCGUCAUGGUCGUGUUUGGCUUCCUCUGCCACUCAACGGUUCAGCACCACGGUACUUCAGUCUACUGUUCAGAUCUCUUGGAUGAUGGAGGCUGUGUGGCUUUACUGGUGGUGGGGUUCCUGCUGCUGGCUCCGCUCCUGGUUCUGGCUCUGGCCGCUUACUGCAGGAUGGCACGCCACCUCCAGCUGGGCCUGUGCUUCAUCCCCUACAGCCGUGCUGUCUACAAGAACCUGCCUGCAUCACGCCAUGGAGGCCUGGGGGGCUGCUGUGGCCAGCAGGGGGCAGGAGAGAGCGAGGGAAAGGGUAGCGUGUGGGUUUGAGCAGUUUAAAAAACCUUACAAAAACCAACCUGGUGAAUAUAAUGUGAUUAGACAUAGCAAUAGGUCACAUACAGAGAACCAAAUAGUGCCAAUAUGUCAAUACAAGCAGUGCCAUGAUCUCAGCAGUUUUGUUCAACUGAAUUUUUACAAAUUGUGCAUUUAAUUCAUUAAUGUCAGACUCUUUUUAGCUGUGCUUUUGCUGGGAUGUUUUUCAGUCAUUUUUAACUGGAUCAACCUAUAGACCUUAGUCAGGGUAACACCAUAUUUCAUUUUUGACAGGAAUGAAAACAAGGCUGUGAGGGAUUGAAGUGCAGUGCGUUCAGUGGAUUUUACUGUUGUUUAACAGCAUAAAGAUUUUUCAGCUGACAAAACAUCUUUUUCGGUAGACAUAAGUUUUGAGAGUUGUGAAAAUUACAUGAUCUAGGAUCUUUAUACAGUCUGUGGCAUUGUAAAGACUAUAAGGCUUAUGAUGCAUGGGGUAACUUUUUGAGCAAUGUUGCCGGGCAAUGUUGCUUGGGCACUUUCCCAUUGAGAAUAGGCAAUACAUUUCUAUCUGGAUACUAUCUGUGUCUCACCUGGUUGCCCGUUAACAUCAACAUUGCCCAAAAAGUUACCCUGUGUAUCAUCAGCCUAAGUCUAUCCCCGCAGCCUUGGUUUCAUGUGUUAAAUUCAAUAUGGCAUCUAUAAAGUCUGUAAGAUGAUGAAAAAGUGGGGAACUAUUUUUAAAAAUGAAAUUGAUAUUUUAAUGUUGUUCCUUUGUAACAUGUGUUUGCAUUUUUACUAUUGUAGGGAUUUUUUGUGUAUUUAACAUGAAUAAGUAACUAUCAAGCCAUUGUAAAAAAUGUUCUUAUUGCUGCACAAACACCUCUUACAACUUAUAAAUUAAAUAAAACAUUCCCACCACAAAUGUAUGAAA